AUGGCCCCUAGCAUCUUUCUCACCGGCGCUACAGGCUACAUUGGAGGCACUGCGCAUGCUCACCUGGUCAAAGCCUUCCCAGACGCCCGCUUCGUCCUGCUGGUGCGCAACGAAGAGAGAGCGAAGCCGAUCAAGGAUGCUUACCGAGACACCACAUUUGUCUACGGGAGCCUCAACGACUCGGACGUGAUCGAAAAAGCCGCUGCAGAAGCCGACAUUGUCGUUCACACUGCGGACUCGUCCGACAACGUGAAUGCCGCCCACGCAAUCGCCAAGGGUCUUGCCGCUGGCCACUCGGCCGAGAAGCCCGGAUUCUGGCUUCAUACGUCGGGCACAAACAUUCUCACCUGGUACGAUCACAAGGCGGGCCGUGCUGGCGAAGCGCCCCUGCCCGAGCAGACAUAUCACGACAUUGACGACAUUGACAAGAUCCUCAACCUACCCGACGAGGCGGACCACCGCAACGUCGACAAGAUCGUCCUAGCCGCUAACUCGGACGCCGUGCGGAUCGCCGUGCUCUGCCCGCCCACCAUCUACGGCGAGGGCUCUGGCAAGGUGAACACCCGCAGCCUGCAGGCGCCCGAGCUGGCGCGCGGCACCCUGCAAAAGGGGUUUGCCCCCAUCGUCGGCAAGGGCCUGACCGAGUGGGACAAUGUGCACGUGGACGACCUCGGCGAGCUGUACGUCAAGCUCGCGGCUGCGACACAGGAGCCCGCCCAGCGCAGCAACCCCGAGGUAUUUGGCCUGCACGCGUAUUACUUUGCGGGAGGCGGCUCGCACAGGUGGUCCGACCUGGCCAGGUGGAUAGCCGAGGAGGCGAGCAAGCAGGGCUUCCUGCCGGAGCCACUGACCAAGUCGGUGUCGCAGAAAGAGGUUGAGAUGAUGGAGGGCAAGACGACGUCGUCCUGGGGUCGGAACUCGAAGGGCAUCACGGCGCGCGCGCCCAAGUAUCUGGGCUGGGAGGCCAAGGGUGUAUCGCUGAGGGAGACGGUUGGGUCGCUGGUGGCGUCUGAGGCGCGGAGUCUGGGCCUUGAGCCACACGAGAGAAAGGCAUGA